AUGCAAUCUCCCUGUAAGACACAUUGGGAUGCUGCUUUACACCUGGUACAAUAUCUCAAGGGAACCAUUGAUCGAGGUCUUCAUUUUGCUGCCAACGACAACUUUAACAUCACUGCUUACAGUGAAGCUGAUUGGCCAAGUUGCAAGGAUACCAGACGAUCCUUAACAGGAUAUUGUAUCUUCUUGGGCACCAGCUUGAUUUCUUGGAAAAUAAAGAAACAAACUACAGUAUCCCGAUUCAAACUUGGGCUUCUUCGGGGGCACCGCUGCUGUGCAUCGAUAAGCAACAAACCCGUACCUCGAAAAGACGAGUCGGAAUGCACAGCAGCGUUGCCCCCGAAGAAGCCCAAGUUGAAUCUGCCGCGUGAAGAAGAAGUACCAAAAGACGAGUCGGAAUGCUCUUCCUCAUCUGCGUCCAAUUUCAUUAUCGCGCCUGCCGCAAAACCCAGCGAGAAGAACACCCCUUUCUCUAAAAUAUUCUCCGAAGAGGAUGAAAUUUCUCUGCUUAAAGGCCUCGCCAUUUUCUGGGCUGACGGGAGGAACAACAAGUGGACCGAGUUUUACAACUUCAUCAAGGACAGUCUUCCGCAUCAGUUUACGAGAACUCAGGUGUCUGAGAAGAUUCGUAGGCUCAAGGGGAAGUUUGAAAACAAUUUUGAAAGAGCUCGCGCCAAUGGGGGCUGCCUUGAUUUCUCAGAUGCCCAUGAGUCCGCUGUGUUUGAGGUGUCGAAGACACUGUGGGGAGAAGAUGAAAACGAAGCUGGGGAUAAACAUGCUGAAAAAGAAAAGGAGACACGAGACAGAAGCAGAUCCCAAAAGAAGAGAAAAAGGGCUGGGAAAGAUCCCAAAAGAAGAGAAAAAGGGCUGGGAAAGAGCAUGAUGCAGAAAAAGAGAUAGUGAAGAACCAAAAACAAGUGGGGAAGAUUGGCAAAGAGGAGUUUGCUUCUGCGUACCCACUCUUGUCAUCGUCUUUGGAUGAAAAUGGAUAUUCCAACAUCAUCAAGGAGAAAUUUCUAUUGAUUGGCAGAGAGAAGGCACAAGAGCUGGAAGAGAAGUGGAGGGCUGUGAAAGCUGCAGAGCUUAGACUGGAGCUUAAAAGAAUUGAUUUGAUUAGGAGGGACUUACACAAUCUACUCUGAAGCAAAUGAAGGAUUUAAGAGAUUUUUGGCUUUUGAACAGUUGAUGUGGAUGAGGACUUUUCAAGAGAUUGCAUCAUCUUUCAGGCAUCCAAGGAUUCAGAAUUGCCUUGACUUUUGUGUAUGGUGUAAAGUUUCUUUCUGGAAAUAGUAAUUUUGUAACUAGAGAGAAGAUGAAGCAGAAGUUAUGAACGGAGUUGGCAGAAGCAGAAGCAAGAAGGUGAGGUAUACUUGAGAUGAUGUAAUCAAACUUGUCAUAUCUCACAAACAAAUAUAUCUUUUGAGAACUUAAUUCCUGCAGAGAGUGAAUGAUAUUUAUACAACUGAUUUUUGUUUCAUAUUGGGCGACUGGAGAACAUACCAUAAACUCACCUGCUUCAUGCAUCAUUAAUAUUAUAAACUAAGGUGUUGUUUUAGAAAGGAUUUCUUAUGUAGAUAUAUGUCAUAUUCUGUCAUUUGUACAAUUAUAAGUACAUUAACGGGAUGUCAAUGUCUUGUGAAAGGAUAUUUUCCUUUCUGGAGUGUCAAUGUAAAUCAAAAUUUAAAUACUAAAGAAUGUUGUAAUUUUAUAAAUGAUUUAUAUAAUUAGACCUAAUUUCUUGUACCCUUGAAUUUGAAAUUCCACUUUGCCUAACAUCCGCCCUAGUUCGUCUUUCCCCUAGUGUCCCCAAUUCUGUUUUUUGUUGUUCGACACAAAGAGGCGAAGCUAGAGCAUUUGCAGGUUUGAAUGAACGGCACGACGUCAACAACAAU